AUGGGUCUUCCACACGAGGAUCCACAACAGCAUAUCCUGAAUUUAUUGGAGAUUAGUGAUACUUACAUCACUAACAAGGUCACUCCAGACUAUGUGAGGCUUAUACUUUUCCCGUUCUCUUUGUUGGGUAAAGCAAAGCGAUGGCUGAAGGCAGAAUCGACUAAUUCUAUUACAUCAUGGAAUGAUCGAGCAAGGAAAUAUUUGGCAAGGUUCUUCCCUUCAGGCAAAACUGCAAAGAUUAGAAAUUUCCACAUUGACCAACCAAGUCAAUCAGAUGACCUUGGUUAUUAUCAAGCAACAAGCUCAGCCAGUGCAACAUGUAGGCCAGGCAAACCAGUAUGGGAACACUUACAAUCACAGUUGGAGGAACCACCCAAAUUUCUCUUGGGUGGAAACCAAGGUGCUCAGAAUCAAUACCGGCCACAAGUACCUCAACAACAAUAUAGACCACCUCAGGCUGAACAAUAUACAAACUCGACAAGUCACCUUGAGGAAAUGAUGAAGGAAGUUAUGGCUGACCAGCAGGCCCAAACAACAGAGAUGAUGAAAAGAGUGAUGGCUGACCAGCAGGCCCAAGUAGCAGCAAUGAGAAAUUUGGAGCGACAAUUGGGACAACUUGCCAGUGCCCAAAAUACUCGACUAGUUGGAGCUCUUCCAAGAGACACUGAGGCUAAUCCUAAAUCAUCUAUUAAUGAUGUGUCAUUGAGGAAUGGGAGACAAUUAGAAGAAGUCCAGUCGAAAAGGAGAAAAUAUGUGAUUUUUAAUGAGAAGCCGGACACUAUAGAGUCACAAUCAGAAAAAUUAAAGGAGUUAGAGAAGCCAGCUGAAGAGGCAGUGGCUAAGGAACCCCCACCAUUAGCUGCGAGGCCACCACCCCCAUUCCCUCAAAGAUUGCGGAAAGUGAAGGAUAAUGCUGCCUAUAAAAAGUUUCUUGAUAUUUUGAAGCAAGUGCAAAUCAAUAUUCCACUGGUAGACAUUCUGCAAGAAGUGCCCAAAUAUGCAAAAUACAUCAAGGACAUACUGGCAAAUAAAAGGAGGUUGAUCGAAUUCGAGACUGUGGCACUUACCGAGGAAUGUAGCUUAAGAAUCCAAAGCAAGCUACCUCAGAAAUUGAAGGAUCCUGGUAGUUUCACUAUCCAAAUCUCCAUUGGUAAGCAUGCAGUCAGGAGAGUUUUGUGUGAUCUUGGGUUGAUGCCGCUAUCUGUGUUCAGACAGUUGGGCUUCGGUGAGCCGCCCCCAACAACAGUAAUCUUACAAUUGGUUGAUCGCUCCCUUGCUCAUCCUGAAGGAGUGAUUGAAGAUGUGUUAGUUCAAGUGGGGUCUUUCAUAUUCCCUGUUGAUUUCAUUAUCUUAGACUACGAACUUGAUCAGGAAGUCCCAUUUAUUUUGGGGCAUCUAUUUUAG